CUCUGUUUAAAAUAAAGGUAAAAUAAAUCCCUUCUGUAAUGUGUUCUCUCUCAUUUCAGAUCCAUCCCAGACAGCCACAGUGGAGGUGUCCUCCCCAAGUGGUCUUCUGCAGUACUGUAGCACCCUCUAGUGAUGUGGUGUUGCAGUAUAAACAUGGACGACCGAUGCUGGCUGUGCCGCUACCCUCCAGGCAGGAGAGCUGUCUGUUCUUCCUCAGGCCCAUGUUAAUGACUGUAGGAGACCUCAUCCACGACCUGCAGAGAGAAGACCCAGGAGUCACCUCUGCCUCUGUGCUCACCAAAGAUGGUGCCCGGUAG